UGUCUGUCGCCAGUUCAGCCAUCUUUGUUUAUCAUUGUCAUUUAAGAAUUGCGUGUUCAUAAAACUGCCGUAAUUUAGAAGCGACUUAUGGACGUGUAACGUGUUAUUUAUUUUUGUAAACAAUUAUUUUAAUAAUGUAUAAUAUUUAAAACUAUGUUUAUACUUUUGGUGUAAUAAAAUAAAUGCAGUGAGACAAUAGAAAUCCUUGGGUUCAAUACAAUUAUCUUAGUUAUAGGAGGUUAUGGAGGCCCAAGACCAAAUGGAAAUGAAGUAUAGUGCUGCUAAUGAAGUUGGGGGCUUGGAGUUGUGUAUUGUGUGUGGCGACAGAGCUUCAGGCAGACACUAUGGCGCUAUUAGCUGCGAAGGUUGCAAAGGAUUCUUCAAACGUUCAAUCAGAAAGAAGCUGGGUUACCAGUGCCGAGGCAGCAUGAACUGUGAAGUAACAAAACAUCACCGCAACCGGUGUCAGUACUGCCGUCUGCAGAAGUGUCUCGCUUGUGGUAUGAGAAGCGAUUCGGUUCAACACGAGAGGAAGCCCAUCGUGGAUAAAUCGAAAGGCGAGGCGAGGGAGGCUCACGACCGACAGGCUGUCUACUCGAAGCUGCUAGGCCUGCCGGGACAAGCGCAGACAGCUCAGAUAAGUCCCAAGGAAGAACCGAAUGACGCAUUCGGAGCCGUCUCUCCCGCAGCGCCAACGAUUAACUUCGCCCUGGCGGCUGCCGCUGCCGCGUUCAAUAAAGGGAAUCCAGUGUCACCAUACCUCGGAGCUGGCCCACCGUCCGACGUGGACGGAGCGAGACGGCAACAGAUCUUGCUGCAGACUCAACUCGCCAAGAACCUAUUCAAAAUGGGACAGUUCGGAGUUAUAAACGAGUACCUGCAGUCGGCGUACGUGGCGGCGGCGGGCGACGGCCCGCACGCGCCGCACGCGCCGCUCGCGCCGCACAGCGCGCAGGCGCACGCGCACGCGCACGCGCACGCCGACGCGCUGCUCGACGGGUCGGAGGACCCCAUCCUCAGCACGGCGGAGAGCCUGCAGCUGCCGCUGAGUACGCCGGUUGCCGGGGGCACGCUGCGCCUGCACGCCGCGUGCGAGGCGGCCGCGCGCCUGCUCGCGGCCUGCGCGCGCUGGCUGCUCGCGCUGCCGCACGCCGCCGCGUUCUCGUUCGAGAUCCAGGUGACCCUGAUGCGCAAGUGCUGGCCGGAGCUGUUCGUGCUGGGGCUGGCGCGUUGGUCUGGCGCUCUGGGUCUGGGCACACUGCUGCCGGCGCUGGCAGCGCACCUGCAAGCCGAGCUGCGCGAGCGCAACGAGCGCCCGCCGCCCGCUCCGCUCGCCGAACUGCCGCUGCCGGAGAUAACUAUAUCUGACUACUCGGACGAGCGUAUCGCUGAAGUGACCGCUAUGCUGUGUCGCUUGCACCAGUUCAUCGGCCACAUGGAACAGCUGCAAGUCUCUGACAGAGAGCAUGCGCAUCUCCGGGCUCUGUGCCUCUUUUCACCUGAUGGCGCACCAGAAAUAUUAACGCGUAAAUUGCAAGAAUACCAGUCAAAAGUACUUCGUUCUCUACGUACAGCUUGUCAGCAAAAUGAUGAGAGAGUGGCAACACUGCUGCUGCAAUUACCCGUUCUACGUAGUUUUACCGGAACGUUUAUCGAGGAUGUGUUCUUUGUUGGUUUCGUUGGGGAUGUAUGCAUCGAUGACGUUAUACCUUAUUUACUUAAUGCCGAACGUUGAUUUGGAUACUACGUUUUUAAUCUAAGAUGGCAAGCACCAGAAGAAAAUUCCAUAUAAUUUGAAUUUUAUAAUUAUUUUAAUGAUAUAUUGAAUUUAUAAAUUGUAAUAUUAAAAGACAGGUUCCUGUGUAAAAUUAAGUAGUUUUACAUUUGUAUCACACUUUUUUCAUUAGAAUACAUAUUGUAAAAGAAUUGCUUGAAAUGACUGAGACAUAGGUUAAAAUUGAAUGUUUUAAAUUGACAUCUUUCAUCAUCACAGGCAGCCUUACAAUGUCAACAGUGCUUAUUUACUUUCAAGUCUAUGCAUAAUGUGCAAUUUCUUUGUCUUGACAAUUUGACAAAGUUUUUUUAGUUAUUAUUAAUUAUAACAUUCUAUGCUAGUUAUUUAAUAUUUAGUUCUAUAAUCUUAUAUAUAAUUAUAUAUUUGACCAUAAUAUCUAUAUCAUUGGACAAUAGAACUAUUGUAGUAAAUGUAAUUAUAAGUAUAUGACUGCUACCGUCCAUUUUAAUUAGAAUUGUAAAAAUUUAGAAUAUUAAUGAAAAGUUAUUUUUAAUAUUGAUAUAUAUAUUAGUCUUAAAAUCCUAGUAAAUGUUGAUGUA